UAAAAAUCCUUGACGGAAAGGGAUUGUCUGAAAUACCGGAAGUGACACAACGAUUAGGCUUACUCCAUAUUUGUAGCUCAGAAAAGUGAUUUGGGAUGUCAACAAACGUCGAGAAACUCACUCCUCACAGCGCUUCCUUAUUACCCUGACGGUGCUCGCUGCACUACAUAGAGAACCGGAAAAUGUUUUGCCCGUUUUGUGGCGUUAGCUUCAGCCUCUUCACCCCUUUUUGUGCUUCCUGUGGACGGUCUCUGGAGCUUUUGCGGGACACAGACCAGGCUGAAGGAUCAGACUCCCCAGGGACAUCAAAACAAACAGAAAAUUCUGAACAAAAACAAACAUGUCCGUCAUACAAGCAGUUCAUGGAGUACAAAAAAUCUAAAUCCAAAGAGCGUGAGGCCUUCAGCUGUGGAGCAAAAUUAAAACUCAAGCAACAGAGUAAACCUGUCAAGAUCAAUAUAGGAAUAAUGGUGUCACAACAAACGGACUUAAAACCGCUAAGAGGGAAAACACUGCCCUUAUGUAUUAGCCCCCAAAUUACAGCCCCUGACCUCCUGAAGCAGGCUGUAGAAAAAAUGAGAACAUUCAACAAGGACUUGGUGGAGGGACCAUAUGUCCUUUUGUAUCCCGACUGCACAGAGGUGAUUAAUGUGCCUGGGACAGAAAGGCCAUUCCGAUUGGCAGACUACAAAGAGGAAAUAGGAAAGAACUACAACAGGAUUUCUCUUUUCAUUUGCCCAGAGAGCCACUUCAAACAAGCUCUGAUUGCAGAGGAUGGUACCUCAGACUCAGACCCUGAGAUUGUGAUUACAUCAAGAAGCACAGCUGAGUUCAACCAGGCAGACACAUUGACAUGCUCCAGGACCUUCAUCUACCAUACAGCCAUGUCAGAUUGUAAUAUCUGAUACAGAGGAUCUUGAUCACCAAAACGAAACAAAUCCAGUCAGGAGUCCCUAUAGUAAAUAUGCAGACCUGUGUGCCCCCUGCAUUGAGGACGAGGAUGAAGAGCUGGUUGAAGUUGCUUCACCGAUUGAUUACAAAGCACUGUAAAAUAUCAAAUACUACUUCAAAUAACAAUGCUAAAUUGUACAGUCUUGCAUUCUGUCUUUCAUUUUUGUGAUUACAGGGAAGACGUUAACAUUACUCUACCUGACAUCAUUGCAAACUUAUCCAGUGCCAUUCAUCAUGGAAGUGUCAGCAGAUUCAACAUCUCAAGAGCAAAUGUCUGGGAUGGAGCAGUCAGGGGUUUCAGGCGGUUGUCAUACUCUGAAACCAAUGACAUGCUGGUUAAAUUUACUGAUGAUGCUGGCAUUCUAGAAGAAGGACUUGAUGCAGGUGGCCCAAAACAAGAGUUUUUGAGUCUGCUAAUGAAACACAUGAAAGAUCGUCCCAUUUUUGAUGGACCAGAAGGACAUCGAUUCCUCGUCUACAAUGCAAAGGCUGUAAGGGAGGAUGAAUACUACCUAGCAGGAAAGAUGAUAGCCUUGUCAGUUGUGCAUGGUGGUCCAGGGCCCCAUUUCCUGUCAGAAGAGCUGGUACAUUAUCUUGUAGGCCAGACUUCAGUAAAAGCAACA